AUGAUUCCAUCGUCCGUUGGCACCGCCAACAUGCUACGUGUACCAGUGGUACAGCAUAAAUCAUCUUCGCAUUCACGCAGCGAACCCCCUUCUCCGUCCGAGUUCCUACAACCAUCCUCCUCUGGCGGUCUCACAAAGCCAUAUCGCCAACCUUCAGCAUCACGCGGGACUCCGUUCAUGAACGCCCGUGCGCUUUCAGGUUCCGCCGUCCCUACAAAAUCGCGCCCUGAAAAACGCUCGAGACCAUCAGCCCCACUUCCAACCUCCAACAACAGUCAAACCGCCCGCGUCCGACCAGUGCGAACACCAACGCCGCCCCCGGAAAAGCCACUGAUAGCUAUUCUCCCCCCACCCCUCCCAAAAUCCCUUCACGCAUUGAACGCCCAUCCACCCGCCAUAUUCUCAGGCAACUUCGACCUCUAUGGCAUGUACCUCCCCUUCCUCGUCAAAGCCUACCUCCCACAAGGCAGCACAUCCCCCGACUAUGCCGCGGUCUACGACACAAUCCUCGCUUACCAGUCCAAGCACGACUAUACCGCUCGGUGCUUCCUCUCGGUCAGCUCUGACGCAGGCAGAGCAGAAAGCGCUUCUGUGUUCGAUCCUAUGAUGGAGCGCCCUUUUGAUGUGAUGAUAAGCAAUUUGAAACAUCGCACAGAACUCACUUUCACCUCGAGCGAACGCGCUUCUUUCCUCGCUCCUGAUCAUAGUCCUGUGUCACCGGGUGUCAUCGGACAAGUGGGGCUCCCUCCUCAAUGUGGAGUUAAGAACGCGAAAGGGAUUUGGAAGAUGAAGCGCGUAUGGGUUGGGGAGGGCGAGGGCGAGUUGAUCACGUCGGCGAGGCGGUCAGAUUCCUCGACAAAAGCGAAUCCAGACAAAAAGACGAGCAAACCUGUGAAAAAGGAACUUUUUGAAGGCUACUUCUCCUUCAGCGUCAGCUACGACCAGAUGUACAGAAAAGCAGGUCAUGGGGAUGGGUCGGCGUGUCGGUUUGCGUUUUGGGGUGUUAGAGCAAUGAAGGAUAACUACGGGGAAGGAGAUCGGACUAGGCCCGGGGAAGGGAAUUGGAGCGGGAAUGAGGAAGGGGUUGGGAUGGGGAUGAGGAGGACUGGACAUUAGAGUUUCGCACGUAUACCCCGAGUCUUGGUUUGUCCUCCAGCCUGCAACUCAGUACAAAUAGUGUAACAAAAUAUCCUUGUGCAUAGAUCAAAUAUUGAUACAUCUGGCAUGUCAUAUGUGUUUCAUCGCAGCAGCGAAGUGCUCUUAAUUAUCCGAACACCGCAGCUACAAGGACAAUCAUUCCGUCAUCUUUCACGAUGCGUAGUCACCACAUACCCAUUCCACAGCGACGAGGAGCCUGGAAGGGAAAUCCUCGCUGCAAUGAAAAUAUGCCCUCCCCAGUCAUUUGCUGAACACUCGGUGUGACAC